UAUUCGCAAGUUCAAAACACACAGUAUUCAAAAUGCAGCAGCAAGUGUUUGCCUUUCUAGUCCUCUGCACAGUAGUCGGAGCCGCUGUGGGAGCUCCCGUUGAUUCUGGCGCAACACCAUACAUUGUGCAGUACGAAAACAAUAACGCACAGAGCGAAGGAUACAUCUUUGGAUUCGAGUUGAGCGAUGAGCAGCGGCGCAAGGAAGAGGGAACGAUCCGGUACAGCAAGGACGAGGAAGGCAAAGAUGUGCAGUUCGUCGCCGUCCAAGGACACUACUCGUACGUCGGAGACGAUGGCCGCACGUACUGGGUGGAGUACGUUGCAGACGAGAACGGAUAUCGCUCCCGGAUGGGCACCGGUGACUACGAUACCGAUCGCAAGCUCGAGCUGUCCGGCGGGGAGCGCAAGAAUCGCCCAUUCGCCUAGUAGUGGUGGCAUGAUUAAUGAAUGGAAAUUCGCGUGUAUGGGAAUGGGUAAUGGUCAAUAAACGGAUGCGCUGAUGUUGGAGGGA